AUGUCCCUAGUGUCAAGAGGACUUCGAUCAGGUGCUUUAGAUAAUCCCCGAGCAGCACAAGAAAUUUUAAGAUCGAUGGGCCAUGAUAUGUCAAUUAAUGGCAUCCACAAGUCAUUGAGACGAAAUGGACUUAAAUCUCGUAGAAAAGUAAAGACCAAUUCUGUUAGCAAGACAAACAAGCGGCUUCGACUGGCGUGGGCUAAAAAGCAUAGGCAUCUUACUAUUGCUGAUUGGAGUCGUUGGGUGUUUUCGGAUGAAACAAGAAUAAACCUUUGGGGCUCAGAUGCGGAGAGUCCUGGUUAUGGUACUACCAUUAUUGAAGGCUCAAUAAACUCGGACUUGUAUGUCGAUAUUUUGAAGACAUCAUUGGUCGACACUCUUGAGCACUUUGGGAAGGCACCGUCUGAUGUGCGAUUCCAACAAGGCAGGGCAACACCGCAUACCUCAGGCACUACUAAGCAAUGGUUCACCGACAAUGGGUUCAACCAAGACGAAAUUAUGGAUUGGCCACCCCAAAGUCCCAAUCUUAAUCCCAUUGAACAUGUCUGGCAUCUCCUAAAGCUUCGUCUUAAUAAGUAUCCCAAUAGGCCCUCUACAAAAGAAGAAUUAGAGCGGCGUAUUAACAUUCAGUGGUACAAAAUAACAGAAAAAGAGUGCCAGAAAUAUAUUGAUAGUAUGCCUGCCCGAAUCAAGGCUGUCAUCAAGAGCAAAGGUGGUUCAACUCACUAUUAA